CGCCUCUGCGCGAGGAAUGUCAGUGACAGAUUGAAGAGCGGAGGGUAGGCUUGUUUUUAAUAGCACAAAUUAAGCAGGAAAGCUUUUAAAAUGGCAUAUCACAGUCCGUACAGAGCGGCUCCUUACAACAACGCACCUCCGGACCAAGGGUUUCUUUGGAAUAUUUUUCAGAGGGUGGACAAGGACAGGAGUGGAGUGAUAUCAGACACAGAACUGCAGCAGGCUUUAUCAAACGGCACAUGGACUCCCUUCAACCCUGUCACCGUACGUUCCAUCAUAUCGAUGUUCGACCGGGAGAACAAGGGAGGCGUGAACUUCAAUGAGUUUGCCGGUGUUUGGAAAUACAUCACAGACUGGCAGAACAUCUUCCGCACCUACGACCGGGACAACUCCGGCUUCAUCGACAAGAACGAGCUGAAGCAGGCGCUAACUGGGUUUGGGUAUCGCCUGUCAGACCAGUUCUACAGCACCCUCAUAGAGAAGUUUGACCGACAGAGGAAAGGACAGGUGGCCUUCGACGACUUCAUCCAGUGCUGCAUCGUUCUACAGAGGUUGACGGACGUGUUCAGGCGCUACGACACAGACCAGGACGGCUGGAUCCAGGUGUCGUACGAACAGUACCUCUCCAUGGUGUUCAACGUGGUAUAGUACAGCACAAGCAGACACACCCGUGUCCACCCCACCUCCUUCCAGGAAGUCUUCCUUGUUGAGGCAGCCAAUCAAAACACAGACUGACUGGGACUCUGGGAUUUGGAGACAGGACAUUACUCUCCCUUCGUCUGUCUGUCUUUGUUCAUAAAGUUUGUUAAACGUCUUAAUGAUUCAACAGACCUGGAUAUCUGUGUUUAAGGUAAAUCUGCAUUGUAAAUAACCUUCAGGGUUGACUCGCAUGCUGUCAGGAAAUGUGUUCCGGUGUCGAAGCUUGCUCCCCAUCUCCGACCUACUUUGCUAAAGUCAUGUUUACAGAAACUGUGACAGCAGGUGACGAAGGUCACACCUGCUUUUAGAUUCACUCACAUGCCAGCUACGCCAUACCUGUAUAGACUUAUUUUUAACAGGCAAAUCUACAAAUGUUAGAGCAGAUUAUUAUACUUAUGGGAAGCAUAUGCUUUUGUAUGUCUUGAGUUUUUGUGCAUGAUGCCUUAAUCUGAAAAAAAAAAAAAAACGCAAGAGGAACCUCUUUUAUUAAAAAACAAAGAAACCAACUGAAAA